AUGGAGCACCUCGAGGGGGAUACCGCCGCCGAGCACGCUGAGUUAUCCGCCGGCGGCGGUUGCAGCGAGGACUGCCUCAGCGCCCUACCCGACGACGUCCUUCUCCACAUCCUUCGCGUUCUCGGCAGCACCACCACCGCUGCUCGCACCAGCGUCCUUUCCCGCCGCUGGCGCCGCCUCUGGGCCCUCCUCCCGGACCUCUACUUCGUCCUUGGCGCCAACCCAGACAGUCUGCGCGGCGCCCUCGCCGCUCUCGAAGCGAUUUCAGACGACGAAGCGCCGCCGCUCCGGAAACUCUAUUUCUUCGUCUUCAGCGAGCACGCCUCCCCCGACUCCCUGGCGACCUGGCUCCCCAUCGCAGCCCGCCGCCUCACCGGCCUUCUCCAUGUCAUCAUUUUGAGCGAUGCGGGGGAAGACGGAAGAGGUGCCUUUGAGCUGCCCUGCUUCGAGAGAGCCACCGAGAUGAAGCUCCUUCUAGGGUUUCUUAGCCUCACCCUGCCGCCUUCCGGCGUAUUUGCCAGGCUCACCGAUUUAUACCUGGAGAAACUCCACCUACAUGGUCCUUGCGGGAUCGGUGACGCCGUCUCCUCGCCACGGUGUCCAUCCUUGCAAAGACUCCAGGUGGUCAAUGCCCAGGGUCUGGGAAAUUUUGCCAUCCACUCGGAGUCUCUCCUGAAAAUAAGGCUGGAGAAAUCGUGUGGAUUGCAGCAGCUGACUAUCGUGGCACCAGCACUCAAAGAGUUAAUUGUGUUAUACUGCUUUGCUCAUGAUUCAGAUCCGAGUCAACCUGUUGCCGACAUCGCAGCACCUCAACUGGUGUCACUCCACUGGAGCGAUGCUUACCAUCCAAGCUCUGUCCAGUUUAGCGAGAUGGCGCAGCUGAAAUUGCUGGGCGCCACCUUUUUCCUUGUAGAUGAAGCAGAUGGCUAUGAACACAAUCGCGACUGCGUCAGGCUGUUGCGCCACUUUCAGGAUGUCAGCACUCUUACUCUCGAGCUGGCCUAUAUGCCAGAAGAUAUCGAGGAGGACUUAGGUGAGCAUCACUACUUGAUGGAAGACAUGGCAAGGCUCCCUUACUUUACAUUCUUGACCCUGCUUAUUACUGCAAAGGGACAUUCCUUUGGAGCCAGCUCUUUCCACGUUCUCAGGACGUGCACUAGUAUAAGAAAGCUGAUGCUAAUAUUUAGUUCUUCUCUGGACUUGGAGGCAGAACCUGCAUGUGCAUCAGGUUGCCUCUGUGAUCAUCCACACCAAACUGGAAAACUGAGGAACUUGUGCUGAAUCGCCUUCAACAAGUAGAAAUCAGUUACUUGAAAGGAACUGAACAUGAUUUUGCUCUUGUCAAACGAUUAUUCAGUUGGGCAACAGCACUAAAAACAACGACAAUAAGUUUCCAUCGCUCAAUCACCGAAAGCAUGGCCAAAGAGUUCUGCCAGAGGAUAGUAGGCUUCUCCAAGCCAGACAUAUGUCUAAAAUUUUACGUGUACCAUGACUUCACUAAGAAAGUCUUGUAUGUUCCAGAAAACUAAGGUGUGGGCUUGCUGUUUGCACUUUUGGUAUUUCGUGGCUUUUGGUAUCAGCUGUACCCUGUGCAAACAUCAAAAGUCGAGCAGAUCCUUCUGAAAUGAUACCAUGUCAUCCAUCACGAUUUACUUAUUCCGUGUUAUGUUUUACAUAAGGAGGUUUAAACGUUGUUCAGAAGCUUUAUGUGUGCAAGAUCCAAACGUUGGCAUGCUGAAGAGUGAUGAUGAACUGUUUUUGGAUAGUUCACUGCAAUUACCCUGCAAUUAUGUUCAA